AUGGAUCAGCCAACUUCGAUCGAUCAAGACGACGACGCUUUCGUCGACGCGUUUCAACACUGGCCCGACGACGACUCGCCGCAACCUUCCGAUUUGGCUUCCACACUGUCGGAUCUUCCACCCGAACCGAAGUCACACUGUCCGGCUACCACAAUCCGGCGCCGGCGAGUUCGUCGCGAUUUUGCGGGAACUCAAUCGUUAGGUUCAAACAUAGAGAGCUAUUUGAUCAAUGGCAAUUCGAGAAGAAGUUUCCGAGACCGCACGAGGCAUAGAAAUGUCAAGAAAGACGAAAAUUCGGAAAAACCCGAUUCGGAUGAACUGCAACAAGUUAAUGCCUCGACGGAGGAGAACAAUGAGGGCUCCGCCGUCACAUCAGCUGCGAACGACGAUGCAGCUGGCGAUUCCGUUGACUCGGCGCCGCGACUCAGUGUAUCGUCUUCGAGUUUUCAAGACCUUGCCACGGAGUUGGUGAUUAACUUAUUAGGGUUUCAGAUGAAGUUAAUGUUCAUGUUCAUGACUUACCCGUUGCUGUUCAUGUUUUAUUCAUGCAUAUUUUUCAUGGAUCCUUUGGGGACAGCAAAGAGAGGUAAGGUUUUCCUUAUAGGGAUUUUGAACAGAGGAUGGUGUUUUGUGUUUCGGUGCAUUAGGCCUUAUGUUAGUAGAUGGUUCAAGGAGAGCGAGUCGGUUUGGAGCGUGGCUUUUCGGUGGGGAUGGGGGUUCUUGUGCUCAAUCUACGUUUGCUGCGUCUUGUUUGGUCUUCUGGUUUCAUCGUUUGUGUUUAGUGGGUUUUUUAUGAAGCACAUGGUGGAGAAGCCAAUUCAGAUGAGGGAGGUUUUGAACUUUGAUUAUACCAAGCAUAAUCCUGUGGCGUAUGUGCCAAUAAUGUCGUGUGCUGGUGUUAUUGGUGGUAUGGGUUUUGAUGAUACGGUUGAUGAUCGGAAGUGGUUGGGUGAACGCGUUAUACCUUCUAAGCACAAGGUGCAAGUCACACUUGAGUUAAGAGUGCCAGAGUCAGGAUACAACAGAAACCUUGGUGUCUUUCAGACCAGGGUAGAUUUCCUAUUGUCUAAUGGUAAAGCUAUUGCAAGCUCAAGUCAACCUUGCAUGUUAAGAUUCAGAAGUGAGCCUAUCCGCCUAAUCACGACUCUCCUCAACAUUGCCCCUCUUGUUACUGGCUAUAUAUCCGAAACUCAGACUCUGAAUGUGAAGAUGAGAGGUUUCGAAGAAGGAGAUGUACACACUUCGUGCUUGAAAGUGACCCUAGAGCCACGAGCAGAAUAUCAACCAGGUGCAGGCAUUCCUGAAAUAUAUGAUGCAUCUCUGAUUGUUGAAUCCGAACUUCCCUUGUUCAAGAGGAUUAUUUGGCUUUGGAAGAUGAGCAUAUUUAUAUGGAUCGCGAUGAUGGCAUUCUUCACGGAGUUACUUUUUGCUCUUGUGUGUUGUACGCCUAUAAUUAUUCCGAAAACAAGGCAAAGGGUGGCUUCUGCUCGCGGUCCUGCAACCCUAAACCGUCCUCAGGCACUGGAUUAA